AUGGCACAUGGGAUUCCUUCUCAAGGCAAAGUUACCAUAACGGUGGACGAGUACAGCUCAAACCCCACCCAGGCAUUCACGCACUACAAUAUCAACCAGAGCAGAUUCCAGCCACCACAUGUACAUAUGGUCGACCCCAUCCCAUAUGACACUCCAAAACCAGCGGGCCACACGCGGUUUGUCUGCAUCUCAGACACACACUCCAGAACAGAUGGUAUCCAGAUGCCUUAUGGGGACAUCCUUCUCCACACAGGCGAUUUCACCGAGCUGGGACUGCCCUCAGAGGUUAAGAAGUUUAAUGACUGGUUAGGAAACCUGCCAUAUGAAUAUAAAAUAGUGAUUGCUGGGAAUCAUGAACUGACAUUUGAUAAGGAAUUCAUGGCAGACCUUGUGAAACAGGACUACUACCGUUUCCCCUCUGUGUCCAAAUUGAAACCAGAGGACUUUGACAAUGUUCAGUCCCUCCUGACAAACAGUAUUUACUUACAAGACUCGGAAGUAACAGUGAAGGGAUUCAGGAUAUACGGUGCACCUUGGACUCCGUGGUUUAAUGGAUGGGGCUUUAACCUCCCCAGAGGUCAAUCUUUGCUGGACAAGUGGAACCUCAUCCCGGAGGGCAUCGACAUACUCAUGACACAUGGACCUCCUCUAGGUUUUCGAGACUGGGUUCCAAAGGAACUUCAAAGGGUGGGCUGCGUGGAGCUGUUAAACACUGUCCAAAGGAGAGUCCGGCCCAAGCUCCACGUGUUUGGUGGAAUUCAUGAAGGUUAUGGCAUCAUGACCGAUGGUUACACAACGUACAUCAAUGCCUCAACAUGUACAGUCAGCUUUCAACCAACCAACCCUCCAAUUAUAUUUGACCUUCCCAACCCACAGGGCUCCUGAAGCUCUAAAUGCCUGUUGGAUUGUGAGGAAAGGUCUAUGAACUGCCAUUUUUCUAAUUACAAACUUACCUUCUCUUACUUGUUUAUUCCCAAAUCCUGUGAGUUCAUUUUGUAAAUUGUUGGAACACAAAUGAUGCUAGAGGUUGUGCUUCUUUAUUAUUUUUUCAUCCAUUUGGAAUCAAAGGAGCCUUGUGAAUUUGUAAAAAUGACUUCUGUUUUCUCAAAGGCCAUGCCAUUGUAAAUUGAUAGUGUUCGCCAAAGGACAGCCAAGCUUUCUUUUAAAAAAUGAUAAAAGUCUUAUUUUAAUAUGCUUUAAGCUGGAAGAAAGACACAGGUAGGCAGUGUUUAAAAAACCACCCAGAUUUGCACAACUGUUUAAGGGUAUUGUUUGAAGUAUUUUAUAUUUUGAUGUUUUGUUGUUAUUGUGUUCUUGGAACUGCUACUUUUCUGCAGAUGUGGCCCUGAUUAGGAGCGACCGUCUCAUCAGAAGUAGACUUGGAAAAGACUUCUCUUCGCACUCUGGCUAUAAAGAAAACCAUGUCAAAGGAAGAAAACAGCCCUUGUUUAAAGGAUGGCUUAGCUAGUGAGAUCCA